AGGUGUGUGCCCUGAUGGGGAAUUGAACCUCGAUACUCUGGUUCGCAGGCCCGCCCUCAAUCCACUGAGCUAUGCCAGCCAGGGCAGGACUCUUUUUUUUGAGGGGGGGUGGAGGGACUCAAACACUCUACCUGUUUUUUACCUACUAACUGGUCAAGGAUUCUGGAUUUACAGACACCUGGCUUUGGGCUGCCUCAAGCAAAGCAAGACUCCUAGCUCUCUGAGCCUCGGUUUCCUCAUCUGGGAAAUGCAGAAGUAAUGAGGAUCAAAUAUGGUGUUGGUGGGACUUGGUUCUUGGAGAAGACUUGGCUCAAGACAUGGCUUACCAUGUGGCUCUUCUCCUCGGCCUGUGUCUUGUGACUUCUCAGAGUGGGGCAACAGAGACAGUCCAAGAAGCCCGGGUCUGGAUGAAUGGAAUGGAUGUGACGAAGAGACGGAUUGUGACCGCUAAUUCUCCUGAGUCAGCUCCCAUGCUCAUCCACGGUCUGGAGCAGAGACUGCUGAAUGCCAGCUUUGGUACCUACAGUCUCGCCUUGCAGUCAGAGACCAUUCAGGCUCUGGCAUUCAACUUAAACUGCAGCUUUGCCAGCCUGUCCCUGAGCAGCGAUGCCCUGGAGCAGCCACGGCAGGCCGCGGCCAAGGUCCGGCACGCCAUGCAGUUCCCGAAGGAGCUGACCCAGAAGACCUGCAGGCUUCGCCGCCCCAGGCAGCUUCGUCUCAUCUGCAUCUACUUCUCUACCAACCACUUCUUCCAGAAUGACAACAACUCACUUCUGCUCCAUAACUAUGUCUUGGGGGCCCAGCUGGAAAAUGAACCCGUGAACAACCUCAGAGAGCCAAUCAACAUCAGCUUCUGGCACAACGAAAGUCUGGAAAGCUACACGAUGACCUGUGUCUUCUGGAAGGAGGGAGCCGGCAAGCACCACUGGGGUGAUUGGAGCCCUGAGGGCUGUCGCACGGAGCACCCCUCAGACUCGCAGGUGCUCUGCCGCUGCAACCACCUCAGCUACUUUGCUGUUCUCAUGCAACUGUCCCGGGACCCGCUCCCUGCAGAGUUGCUCGCGCCUCUCACGUACAUCUCCCUUGUGGGCUGUAGCAUCUCUAUCGUGGCUUCCCUGAUCACUCUCCUGCUGUACUUCCUCACCAGGAAGAAGGGCGACUCCCUAACAUGCAUCCACAUGAACCUGCACGCCUCCGUGCUGCUCCUGAAUGUUGCCUUCCUGCUGAGCCCCACCCUGGCCAUGCCCUCCGUGCCCGGGUCAGCGUGCGUAGCCCUGGCCGCCGUCCUGCACUACACGCUGCUCAGCUGCCUCACCUGGAUGGCCAUCGAAGGCUUCAACCUCUACCUCCUCCUGGUGCGCGUCUACAACAUCCACAUCCGGAGAUACGUGCUCAAGCUCUGCGUGGUGGGCUGGGGGGUCCCAGCCUUCCUGGUGCUGCUCCUCCUGGCCAUCAAGAGCUCAGUUUACGGACGACACACAAUCCCGCUCUCCAGCAACCAGGGAGACAGCAGGAACACCACGGGCUCCCAGAACCUGUCCAUAUGCUGGGUGCAGAGCCCUGGGGUGCAUGGGGCCCUGGUCAUAGGCUACGGUGGCCUCACGUGCCUUUUCAACCUGGUGGUGCUGGUCUGGGCGCUGCGGGUCCUACGCAGACUGAAGGCUCAAGAGAAGGCGCCAGGCACCCGGGCCUGCAAGGACACAAUCACCGUGCUGGGCCUCACCAUGCUGCUGGGCACCACCUGGACCUUGGCCUUCUUCUCCUUUAGCAUCUUUCUGCUGCCCCAGCUCUUCCUCUUCACCAUCUUCAACUCACUCUACGGUUUCUUCCUCUUCCUGUGGUUCUGCUUCCAGAGGUGCCGUUCUGAGGCGGAGGCGGCAGCAGAGGCGAAGAUGGAGGCCUUCAGCUCCUCCCAGAUGAUACAGUAGCCUGGACCUCUUCGCUCGGAACCCCCAGCCUCUCUGGUUGCCUGCACCCGGAGGUACUGGCUUCCACCAGAGAAGGUGGCAGGCCCGCUGCUGCCCACCAGGGGCAUCGUGCCCUCUAGGGAGGCGUUUCAGCACCAUGCCCUCCCCAGGUCCAGAGGGAAAUGCCCAGAAUGCCCUUGGUAUUCUACUCUGGGUCAGGUCCAACCCCACCAGGGGGCAGCAAACUCGGCCCCAGUGCUCGGGGCCAGCUGGCCAGGCCUAUGCACAGAGCUCUGGCCCUGGAGUCAGGAGGCCAUGUUUCGAGGCGUGGCUCUGAGGAUUCCCGUAGGACUCCAGGCCUGUCAUUUCCCACUGACUGUCAGUUUGCACAUCGACAUGAGUCAGAUGGCUCUGGUCCUGCCUAGCCUAAGCUUUGUGAAGACUGAAUGAGACUAGGGAAGAAGAGGGCCAUAGCGGGCCCCAUGAAUUCCUCCUGCUGCUGGGCCCUGCCCCUUCCUUCUGCCCACAUCCUGGCCCCUGGCCCAGAACUUAGGGACCCAUCCACUGUCUGAGACCUCACCAGCUUAUGCCUGAGGCCUCUUUUCCUUUACCACCCCCCCCCCCCAAAUUAUGAUGACCCCAAUGCCAUGACCUUCUCAAAGGUCAGAAAGUCUGGUCCUUCCCGGAGGCUCCUCCCUCCAGUGGUCUCAAGUCUCCCUAGGCCAUUUGGACCGCAGCCGGGGCCACAGGGCUUCCAGAGGGUGGGAGGGGAAUGUCUCUUUCCCCUACGCCUGAGCCAGCAGGACCUCAGUGACCCAGCUACUUAACGAUAGGGUAGAGCUGAAUUUCCCUUGGUAAGUGUGAAGGUGUGGGUUCUAAAUCCAAGCUCUGGCCACAGUUGCAGAGAAUCAACACUGCCCUUGACCCGUCUGUCAGAGCAAGUGGGAAACUCUUGAAACUAGAGCCUUUCCCAGGCUGCACACCAGGGGGCGCUGUUGGCAUGUGCUCAGAAGCUAGUGGCCCCAAAACUGCACGGUGUCUGGAAACGCUGAGAUCACCAGUUUGUGAAGAGACAUCACAUGUCUGUGGACACACCAGAGGGCGAGGUCCUGCCUCCAGGGGCUGCCCCUGCUGAGUGACCAGGAGGAGGAAUGUCCGCACUGUUCACACAGCCAUCUGUCUCUUUACCCAACACAGCUGCCUGUGCUGGCUCUCGGGAUCCUGUGCUCUGGGCCUGCCCAGCCCUAGAGCAGUGAGUGGGACAGGCUCCAGGCCACCAGACAAACUGUAACGACUUUGAGUGGCAUAGGCUCCAGAGCCAGGCUGCCUUGGCUCAAAGGCCAGCUCUGCCACUUGCUGACUAAGUGGCCAUGGACGAGCCACUCACCCUCUUUGUACCUUAGUUUCCCCACUUGUACCUAGGGACAACAGCAGGAGUUACUUUGAAGGUUAAAUAAAAUAAUCCAUAGAAGGAGGUUUGGCAUAGAGUAAAUGCUCAAUAAAUGGUUAUGGUUGUUCCCA